AUGGCCUCAGCUGAACAACCUCUUAAGAAGCGAAAGCAUUACGAGGCUUUAUCAGAAUCACCACCGUCUCCGCCACCGCAGCCGCCAGUAUCCGAGGCUAGCCCACCCUCGCCGCAAACCCUACCUACGCCACCUACUCCCCCUCUGUCUCAGGACGAGAUUCUCGCGAAGCGGAGGAACAAGGAUGAAAUUCGAAGCGUGUACGAAGGUUACAAGCGGAUUAAGUUUUGCUUGUUCAAGAAAGACGGUCCAUUCAUGUUUGAGCUUGAACAGAGUUAUCUCGCUCUCAUUACUUCUUCCAGAGGUUGUAUGAGUGUACAAAGAAUUGUGGCCGAUCUUAUUCCUCGAUAUGCAUGUCACUGUCCAACAGCUUUGGAAGCUGCAGCUAAAGUGGUUAUUAAUAUGCAUAACUGGAGUUUGGCAUUGAUCAGUAGAGGAGAGGACACCGGUGGUAUUGCAUUUGAAACUGCUAGAGCAUGUAUUUUUGGCCUAGCUGAUGUUUGCUGUACUGCUUCUUCAGUAGCACCAACAUCAGCUGUAAUUAGAGGAAUUUGCUCAGCAGUUUUUCAGAAUGUGCUCACAUUUUUUAUGGCCUUAUUUGAGGGAAAGGAUGUCCUACAGAUGGUUGACAAGAAUUUCCUGAAUAUGCAGGAUACCCCUGAGGUCUUUUCUGAGUUGAAACAAAAGGUUUUAGAUGAAGAUGAAUCUUCAUUGACUAAACUGUCCAAGUUCCGUGCAUUAUGUCUUCUUCGGAUAUUCUUCUCUUGUCCAAAAGAUUUGCUCACAGCUUGUUUGGAGCUCUUAGGCUCUGCCACAAAAGAGGGAGUUUCUGAAGAAGGACUGCGUUUACUGGGCCUGGUGACUAGCUCUUUGGAUGAUGAUGAAGCAGUUCACCUUUUGGAUAGAGAAAAUGGUAAAUCUAAAUCAUGUACAGGUUCUACUGGUUCAGGUAUCAGAGGCAAUGAAGUAGCUGAGGAAAUUAUGACCGAGGACAACCUUGUUUCUGAUGGUGAUUCUUCUCUUCGAAAGAGCUGCUUGCUCAUGCUGGUUCUUAACAAGGACCCCUCACUGCGGAAAUGGAUGUUGUAUAGAUGUAAGAAGUUACUUGACCAUCUUACUAAUGCUUCACUGGAAACUACAUCAGUACUGCAAGGAAUACUAGGAAGGUUUGCUCAACAAACAGAUUUGGAAGAUUGUCAAGUAGAUAGUGAUGAAGAUAAGUCUGAUUCUUCAAUUUACAUGAAUCGGAACUAUGUGGUUCCUAGGAUCUCUGAGGAACAUGAAAACAUUGGUGAAUCAUCUGGAAAAGUUUCUCUUGACACAGUUCCUGUAUUAAAAGUUGGCUCGCAUUUUGAUAAUGGAGUCUCAAGGCCCAUGGGCAUUCAGAUGGGGGAGGAAGGGAAUAUGCCCCAUGUUAGAUGUUCCACCCCUAGGGACUCUGUAUGCCAUCAGAUAUUUUCACCUGCAGUUAGAACACCAGUAGACUUUAGGAGUAAUUCAUUUGAAGGAAGAAAUGAUUUCCCUAAUGUUGAGAAAAAUCAAGUUUCAAAUAUGAAUUUUAAUUCACCACUGCUGAGGUCUUCUAGUGGAGCUGUUAGUAAUAUUGUGGCAUCUCCUAAUCAUCAUUUUAUGUCACCAACUGCUUCAACAAAAAGUCAAUUUGUCUGGUGCUGUGAUGGGGAUCCUGCAGCCAUGGAUAUUGUCUCUGCUUCUAAGCAGCUAUGUAUUGGUUACGUAGGGCCUGAUAUGCCUGAAAGCCAUAUUAGGUUUCAAUUAGAUAGGUUUGGUCCUAUUGAACAAUUUAUUUUCUUCUCAGUGAAAGGAUUUGCCUUGGUUGAAUACAGAAGGAUCAUUGAUGCAAUAAAAGCUCGACACUAUUUACCUGGAAGUUUUCCUUGCCGUGUAAAAUUCAUGGAUUUAGGAUUUGGAACUAGGGGUGCAAUAAAUGGUGUUGCAGUUGGCUUUAGUUCUCAUAUCUAUGUUGGAAAUAUUUCCAGUCAAUGGGCCAAAGAUGAGAUCUUGCAUGAAUCAAGGAAAAUAAUCCGUAAGGGUCCUCUCUCAGUAAUUGAUCUUAGCUGUGAGUGUGCAUUACUUAUGGAGUUUGAAACUCCUGAAGAAGCUGCCUCUGUCAUUUUGCAUCUGAGACAUCUCCGAAGAGAAAGAAGUAACAAUAGCCCACAUUUUGGUCCUGGAACAGUUAAUGUUGGAAUUGGACAUGCUUAUAUGGAUGGUGCAAGACCUGUGCCCGCCCCUCCCCAUCUUGACCUUAAAGUCAACAUUCCUGCUGGAUCACCUCAUGCUCGAACCUUACCUGCGAGCCCUGCUGACAGCAGUCGAAUAAGGAUGUCUCACUUGUGUUCCUUACUUGCGUCAUUGCGUACAAAGUAUAAUCUUAAUCAAAACACAGGUCUCCAUGACAACUAUAUGACUGGAAAUAGUUGUGCCUCUUCCAUGCGUGAAGAAGAUACAGUGCCCUCCAGCUCUCUGUGGAUAACUAUUCCAAGUAGUAUAUUCCUCACAGAUGAUGAGCUAAUGACCAUUUGCAACCUUGCUAUUGGAAACUCUGGCUCCAUUGUGCGGUUGACACAAGCAAACAUGCAGAUGGGACAUUGUUGGUUUGUUGAAUGCAGUAAUGUUGAUGGUGCAGUUUCUGUUCUGAAGAAUCUUCGUGAUUGUCCAGGAUUGUUCUUCCGGAUAGAAUUCAGCAAACCUGGAAAUCAGCCUGCUGUACCAUUUUCAAUUAAACCCGAAAACAAUUCCAUGGAGCUUGUAUCCCUCAGAAUGAAUUCCGAGAAUCGUAGUAGUGGAAUACAUGGUGCACCUCUGUCUCAGUCAAACUGGUGCUUUCCUGGUUCCAGAGAGAUAUCAGAAGUUGGAGCAAGGAAACAUGAUGGUUAUGAUAAUUUAUCACUCGAUCCUCAUCAAGGAGGUAAUGUUCCACAUUUACUCUCUGGAACACAUGGACCUUCCAUUCCACCACCACAACAAAUUCAGUCAUCUCCUUUCAUCCGCCCAGUUUAUGCUCCUCCAAAUGGUCCUUGGGAUCCACGGGGAAUAAAUAAUCAUUUACCUGUCAACCAAUUCAAUACAGGAGGAAUGCCAAAUAAUUUUCAUGGUAGUGCUGUUGUAAGUCCUUUUAUACCUGCCUCAGUGACUCCGCUUGCUCAGAUACAGGGAACUCAAAUGCAGCCAUAUAACCAGAUGAUUCCUCCAUCAGUUAUAUCACCGCCUUUAUCAUCUUUGCCACCUACUCAGCCUGAAAUGCCACCUCCGCCUCCUCCUUCUCCACCACCUUUACCCUUGACACAGCCACCCCUGGUUCCUCCACCGCCUGGUUCUCCUCCUCCACCUCCUCCCCCACCACUGCUUGUCCAAGAAUCAGUAAAUAUGGAAUGUUCAGGGCAGUCUCUACAGUAUCAAUGGCAGGGAAAUCUCUGUAAAAGCGGAGUUAACUACUGUACAAUUUAUGCAUGCAGAGCAGAUUCAAAUAUUUGCAGAUAUUCAAACGCCAUACCUGAGCCUGCUGAAUGGCCCACAAAAUUAGACAUGACUAAACGCACAGAUUUUCGACAUGUGAAAUCAACAUUUGCUGUUACUCCACCUCAUAGAAGGGAAGUGUGCCGUUUGAUCCCAUCUUCCACAAGUGACCACAGAAGGUUUCAGGAUUUCAUAUCAUACUUAAAGCAGAGGGAUUGUGCUGGAGUUAUUAAAAUCCCAGCUGCAAAAUCCAUAUGGGCAAGGCUGCUAUUUAUACUCCCCCACUCACUUGAAACAUGCUCUUUGCUUUCCAUUGCACCUGAUCCAUCAGAUUGCCUCAUUGCUUUGGUUCUGCCCAAGGAAACAAACUUUGAGUGGAUAUGACGGUUGUGCUUUUCAAUAGGUAAAAUCAUAGAGCAAAGCAAUGUUCGUAGCCAAAGUGCAACGUCUAAAAAAAAAAUUCGUAAGAAAAAAGCCUACUUCUACUGGAGCACAUGUAAAAAAAAUUUUGCUAUUUGUUUGACAUGUAGGUUUCUUUCUGGGGAGAAGCAAAAACGUGAAAUUUUGGGUUUGUCUAUUACUGGGUAAGUAUGUGUUGUUGAUGUAGAUCCAAUGAUGCUGAUGUGACCCAUUUUGGUUUACAAUGUGCAGAAUUCGUUUCUUAGAAGUCAU